GAAUGUUGCUCGAUCGCAGUUGUAGUGAUCCCUCUCUACAAGAUAGACAACUGCAAGGCAUACCUGCAACAAUCCAACAAUGUCUCCCUACACUAUCACCUACUUCCCUGUUCGAGGCCGUUGCGCAGCCAUGAAGAUCAUGCUGUCGGACCUGGGCCAGGAGUGGAAGGAGAUCCUGGUUAACUUCGAGGAGUGGAUGAAGGGUGACCUGAAAGCCACCUGUGUGUUUGGCCAACUGCCAAAAUUUCAAGACGGCGACCUGGUUCUGUUUCAGUCCAACGCCAUCCUGAGGCAUCUGGCCCGCAAACACGGGGCUUAUGGGAAGGACGAAAAGGAAGCGUCCCUCAUUGACAUGAUGAGUGAUGGUGUCGAAGACCUCCGCCUCAAAUAUGGGCGCUUGAUCUACCAGGAAUAUGAAACUGGCAAAAGCCAGUACCUCAAAGACCUGCCUGAUCACCUCUCCAAGUUUGAGGCGGUUCUGUCCAAGAACAAAUCAGGAUAUCUGGUGGGCGACAAGAUUUCCUUUGCAGACUACAGUCUCUUCGAUGUCCUCUACAACCACACAGUCCUCUGCAGCACUUGCCUGGACUCCUUCCCGGCCCUGAAGAGCUUCGUGGAAAAGAUGUCCGCCCGUCCCAAAAUCAAGGCCCUGCUGGAGUGUGAGGCCUACAAGAAAUUGCCCAUCAACGGCAAUGGCAAACAAUGAUCCCCCCCAAACCCCCGCAGGAGGCUACAGGAACAGACACAGAUGCAUUCUGGCUCUCUGCUAGCUGUCCAGAUUAACCCUUUAUAGAACUGCAGUUUAUGUUUGAAGCACAAGAUACUCAUGCGGACACUUUCGGGUUCCUGCACGACCUUGACCUUUAUUGUAUACCCAAUUCAUUUUGUAAGCAUAAGAGUUAUUGUUCAUUCUUUGAAAUUUGAUGGAAUAUAAAUUGCAGUUUGUGGUGCUAUUUAUGCUUUCCUAUUUGAGGCUUAUGACAUCUUCAUUGUGAAACAUUAACACGUUAACAUUAGUAUACUUUUUUAAGGUGCAAAACGUUUUGGAAAGCAAUGCCUGAGAACAUUCUAAUAAUAUACUUAUCUGUGAGACUUAACAUCUGGACAACAGUGAUCACCAUAAAGGAAGUGAAGAUAAAGUGAAAGUAAAGUUAAAAACCUACACACUUUAUCUCCAAGACCCUUUAAUACUUAAUGCGAUGUAGGCUGAAUGAAGACUGGUUUAUGUGACCGCAAUAAACCUUUUGAACUUA